CUCCCAUUGGCCCGGCCGCCUUGGCCCCGCCUCAAUCCCCGGGCCCGGCCAUCUCGCUGGGCGGCUCGCGCUGCGCUCGCUGCUGCUGUUGCUGCUGCUGCUUCACUGCGCGGUGCAAAGCGGAGCGGAAGGCGAAGGUGGAGGAGCCGCAACGGGAGUGCAAGAUGAGCGAGCUCCGGCAGAGGCUGGGCCGGGAUGCCGACGGGCAGCAGCAGGACUCGGAGGGGAAGGAAUCAGAGUUUGAAAGCAAGCUGGAUGGAGAAACGGCGUCAGACAGCGAGUGCAAAUCGGAGAUCGCCCAAGCAGCGCCGGUGGAUGACACCCCAGAGGUCCUCAACAGGGCUCUCUCCAACCUGUCCUCCAGAUGGAAGAACUGGUGGGUGAGAGGCAUCCUGACUCUAGCAAUGAUCGUCUUUUUCUUCAUCAUCAUCUACCUGGGACCCAUGGUCUUGAUGAUGAUCGUGAUGUGUGUACAGAUCAAGUGCUUCCAGGAGAUCAUCACCAUCGGUUACAACGUUUAUCACUCCUACGAGCUGCCCUGGUUCAGAACCCUGAGUUGGUACUUCCUGCUCUGUGUAAACUACUUCUUCUAUGGGGAGACUGUGACGGAUUAUUUCUUCACUUUGGUCCAGAGGGAGGAGCCGUUGAGGAUCCUUAGCAAAUAUCACCGCUUCAUUUCCUUUGCCCUCUACUUAACGGGCUUCUGCAUGUUUGUUCUGAGCCUCGUCAAAAAGCAUUAUCGACUCCAAUUCUACAUGUUUGGCUGGACCCAUGUGACUUUGCUAAUAGUUGUCACCCAGUCCCACCUCAUCAUUCACAACCUGUUUGAAGGAAUGAUCUGGUUUAUCGUCCCAAUUUCCUGCGUCAUCUGCAACGACAUCAUGGCUUACAUGUUCGGCUUCUUCUUUGGACGCACUCCGCUGAUAAAGCUCUCCCCAAAGAAGACCUGGGAAGGUUUUAUUGGAGGGUUCUUCGCCACUGUGGUGUUCGGCCUGCUACUGUCAUAUGUGAUGUCUGGAUACAGAUGCUUCGUGUGCCCCGUGGAGUUUAACAACGACAGCAACAGCUUCACUGUGGACUGCGAGCCCCCUGAGCUCUUCCAGCUGCAAGAAUACAACAUCCCCUUGGUGCUUCAGUCUGUCGUCGGCUGGAAAACAGUUCGGAUGUACCCCUUCCAGAUCCACAGCAUUGCACUCUCGACUUUCGCCUCCCUCAUCGGACCCUUCGGAGGGUUUUUUGCCAGCGGAUUUAAAAGAGCUUUCAAGAUCAAGGACUUCGCCAAUACCAUCCCAGGGCACGGAGGCAUCAUGGAUCGUUUCGACUGCCAGUACUUGAUGGCCACCUUUGUGAAUGUAUACAUUGCGAGCUUUAUCAGGGGUCCUAAUCCGAGCAAGCUGAUCCAGCAGCUGCUAACUCUGCGACCAGACCAGCAGCUGAACAUCUUCAACACGCUAAAGUCCCACCUGGUGGACAAGGGCAUGCUGGCUGGCUCUGAGGAUGCGUAGGCCCCUGUGCCAUCAGGAUGGGACUGAGCGUGGGCAAGCCCCUCACCCCCCCCCCAGAGGAAACCCUCUCCCAGCUUGCCUGAUUUAGGACAAUAACCAAGCCUCAUGUCUCUCACUUCCUUUUCCAUAUAAAAGGUUUGCAUUUGUGCAUUUUU